AUGGCUUGCAUCAAACCGGAAACGCUAGACCCACAGAUCCUCAGACGGCACAAUCUCAACACCUCCGUCUGUAACUGGAUCCUGGACUUCCUGACGGGCCACCCCCCAGGUGGUAAAGGUUGUUCCAGUGGUGUGGUGCUGUGUUCAGGUAAAGGUUGUUCUAGUGGUGUGGUGCUGUGUUCAGGUAAAGGUUGUUCUAGUGGUGUGGUGCUGUGUUCAGGUAAAGGUUGUUCCAGUGGUGUGGUGCUGUGUUCAGGUAAAGGUUGUUCUAGUGGUGUGGUGCUGUGUUCAGGUAAAGGUUGUUCUAGUGGUGUGGUGCUGUGUUCAGGUAAAGGUUGUUCUAGUGGUGUGGUGCUGUGUUCAGGUAAAGGUUGUUCUAGUGGUGUGGUGCUGUGUUCAGGUAAAGUUUGUUCAGGUAAAGGUUGUUCCAGUGGUGUGGUGCUGUGUUCAGGUAAAGGUUGUUCCAGUGGUGUGGUGCUGUGUUCAGGUAAAGUUUGUUCAGGUAAAGGUUGUUCCAGUGGUGUGGUGCUGUGUUCAGGUAAAGGUUGUUCUAGUGGUGUGGUGCUGUGUUCAGGUAAAGGUUGUUCUAGUGGUAUGGUGCUGUGUUCAGGUAAAGGUUGUUCUAGUGGUGUGGUGCUGUGUUCAGGUAAAGGUUGUUCUAGUGGUGUGGUGCUGUGUUCAGGUAAAGGUUGUUCUAGUGGUGUGGUGCUGUGCUGUGUUCAGGCUGUAGAGUGUCACAAUGCUGGGUGCUCCUGCCAGGCUGUAGAGUGUCACAAUGCUGAGUGCUCCUGCCAGGCUGUAGAGUGUCACAAUGCUGAGUGCUCCUGCCAGGCUGUAGAGUGUCACAAUGCUGAGUGCUCCUGCCAGGCUGUAGAGUGUCACAAUGCUGAGUGCUCCUGCCAGGCUGUAGAGUGUCACAAUGCUGAGUGCUCCUGCCAGGCUGUAGAGUGUCACAAUGCUGAGUGCUCCUGCCAGGCUGUAGAGUGUCACAAUGCUGAGUGCUCCUGCCAGGCUGUAGAGUGUCACAAUGCUGAGUGCUCCUGCCAGGCUGUAGAGUGUCACAAUGCUGAGUGCUCCUGCCAGGCUGUAGAGUGUCACAAUGCUGAGUGCUCCUGCCAGGUUGUAGAGUGUCACAAUGCUGGGUGCUCCUGCCAGGCUGUAGAGUGUCACAAUGCUGAGUGCUCCUGCCAGGUUGUAGAGUGUCACAAUGCUGAGUGCUCCUGCCAGGCUGUAGAGUGUCACAAUGCUGAGUGCUCCUGCCAGGCUUGCUGUGAACUGCUUUUUAGUAUCAAGUACGUCAUCCUGAGAAGUCAUCAGACAUUCCAGGAUAAAAUAGUGUGA